UGGUAUUCCUUAAGCAUUUCUCCACGAAAGAGGAAGAGUAUUCUUCUAUAACAGAACCAACUCUAAAUUUAGAGAACCUUCACAAAGAGUCUUUAAAUAGUGAAGGUAUGACUUUGUGAAUAGUGCCCAGUAAUGCAAUACUACUGUAAAAUAAAUAAAAUUCACUGACAAAACAUUUCAAUUAGAAGUCUUUCCAAGCGUCCUUAGUUAGCACCCCAUGUAAUGAGCUUGCUUCACUGAAUUCCUUCUGGUCUGGCUGGCCAUGCAGUCAUGCUUGCAGUGGACUUUUUUUCAUCUCCAUUGACUGUAUUUAAAGUCUGGUGGAUGAAACAGACUGACUGAAGGGUGUCUGAAACCAAGAUUCAAUGUCAAGUGGAUUGUGGGCUUUGUUUGCACCCGGAGAUUGUGUUAUCUUGUCUGCUUCUCUCAAAGUACACAUCUAGAUUGCUGGUAACGGGGAUAAUGGCAUUGGCUUGGCUGUCAGCUCAACCCUAGGAGAAUCCUUCAUUCUGGGGCAGGAGUGUGAUAUUUUAAUAUCCUCUCCUUAUUCCCUCGGCACCCUGGCACUCUCCAAACUGCAUGAUCAGAUUGAUCAGCAGGAUGGUAGCAGUGGUAGCUAAUAAGGCCAAUGAAGACAGAGCAAAGCGAUGGAGGACACCACACCAGAGCUCGCCUAUGUCGACGUGGACAAAGGAUUCACUUUAGCAGGACUGGUCUUUCUCUGCCUGUUCCUGAUUGCCAUGAUUAUCCGUUGUGCCAAAGUCAUCAUGGACCCCUACCGUGCCAUCCCAACCUCCACGUGGGAGGAGCAGUACCUGGAUGAUUAGAGCGGCUGAGGCAUCACCAUGGAAACGGUUCCAUUGGGGAUUCUUUUGCUGAAACGUCGAACACUGUAGCGUGCUGCUGAUGGAAAAGACUGAGUUUUGGUUUUUUUGCUUUUGUAAGGUAAUGAGCCACAAAAUUCCUUGCAUCAACCUUCAAUAAAAAUACAAAAAAAAACCCAAAGCUUUCAAAUUUGUUGAAUAAAAACUGUGCUUGAACCUUUUAAUAAAACUUGGGAAACACACGCCCGGCUCAACACACCUGUCAACCAAACAGAGCUUCCGUGUUGUCGAGCCCUUGCUGUGGACAGACUAUCGCGCACUGAGAAAGCCAUCAUUGGUGUCUGUCAGUAUGUAUGGCUGCUUGUGAUAGCAGUUAAACAGUCAAACAUUAUGCAUUGAAAUAAAAGUAUCAGUGCAUUUGAUCAAAGGGACAUUCUCUCCGGCAAGGCCUUAUUUCAAUAAUAAUAAAUAAAGCCAUUCAUAUUUACUAAAGCGUAGGGAAAUCUAAUUUGUAUACAAUUAUUGGAACUAAUGCUAUAAUUUAUUGAGGGAUUCUGGAACAGUAUGUGUAUUUGCAGAAAGUGUAUUUACUAAUGCAGACGUAGGUUUCCUGUGGCUGUUUUAUGUGACAUCAAAGGAAAAGGAGGCAGUGUCCCUUUUUAAUAUUACUGCUUGGAUCCAGGCACAUCACCACACAAUCGACUUGCUGUACUACUGUAAAGAUUCACCUUCUACGGCACAGGUUGAGUUCUCACUGUGGUUUAACUAAGUGUGCUACAAACACUCUACCUGUUUGUCUGGUUAUGUUGCUGCCUCUAGUUUGAUUAGAUUCUUAUUAAUGUAUUCUAAAGUGCAUGUGAACAAGUGCCUCAGCUACAACCACAAAGAUUGUCUUGAGUAUUAUUUUCAUACUUUAUAUUGAAUAGUGCACUGGAACAAUAAAAAUACA